UUCAGACGAUACACUCCUAGAUCUAUCAUCGAUGGACGAUGCGGCGCCGUCGGCGAGGGACUGGUCAUCGUUGCCCCUCGAUGCGCUAUCCUCAAUCUUCGUUAGGCUCGGCGCCCUCGACGUCCUCAUGGGCGCCGGCCUCGUGUGUCGCUCUUGGCUCGAGGCGGCGAAUUUUCUAGACGUGUGGCGAUCCAUCGACAUGGUCAAACAUGAUUCCGUGUUCCUAAAGGGCGAUGCUGUUCUGCGCGAGAUGGCGAAGGUAGUCAUCAACCGUUCCGACGGACAACUCAGGGUGUUCGUCGGGGGGAUGUUUGUCACCGAUGAGCUCAUCAAAUAUAUCAUGGAAAGGUCGCCCUCGCUGACUACCCUUCGACUUGUAUCUUGCUUCGGGGUCUUCAGCAAACAACUCGCUAGUGUUAUAAAAGAGUCACCUCUGCUGGAGCUGCAUUCCCUUGAACUUGAAAACAUUGACCUCACCAUGAGGGAACUAACCACUGUCCUUGAGAGCUGCCCUAUCUUGGAGGUUCUUGGGUUGCACUAUUGUUUCUUGAUCAACUACAGUGAUGAGCAUACCUUGCGGGCAAAAUUCACCAGGAUCAAGAGCAUGACGCUCAAGUGGGAUGACGAGUGUUGUGUCGAUUGAUAAGAUCCGACAAUGACCAUGCUCUUAAUUCUGAAGAUGAGAGGAUAGAUUAUUCAGUGUGAUCCGAAGUAUAGUGUGAUCUUUAUGAUCGGUAUACCUUAUUCAACAUGGAUCCUUAUGUUUGUGAUAGUUCUUCGCGAAUUUAUGUUGCGCAUAAUUCUGUACCAAUUCUAGCUUGUACCCCCCCCCCUUUCAGAUGCAUUUUAAUACCUUUGUCUCUAGCGUUGUAUUA